GGGUGUGUUUCUCCUCGUGUUGUGCUGUCGCUGAGCCUCCAUGUAUUAUAAAUCUCCGGUGAUGGAGCGGAGACUCAUUCUCAGCUCUGGUCCAACAUGUCUCGGUUCGUGCUGCAGACGGUGGUGCUCGGUGUCCUGCUGGUUCCCCUCCGGUCUGCAGGGUCCCGGUGUAUCGGUGAGGAGGAACUACGCAGCCGCGAAAACCGUCUGCAGCGGACGUACUGGAAGCACCUGAACGUCCCCCAGCCUACGUCACCGCGCCAGCGCGCGCCCACCUGCGCAGAGGUGAGCAAGGAGCUGCACGAGGACCCGCAGCGCCGCUCCCUGUCCCCGUGGAGGUACCGGCUGGACGAAGACGACACCAGGUUUCCUCGUGAGAUCUCCGUCGCCGAGUGUCUCUGCGACGGCUGCAUCAUCGACCGCCACGAGGACCUGAGCUACAACUCCAGGCAGAUGUUCGUCCAGCGCAUGGUGCUGAAGAAGACUUCCUGUCCAGGAGACCCCAGCAGAUACGUGGUCAGGAAGGACUUCAUCAGCGUCCCCAUCGCCUGCACCUGUGUCAGGCCGGCAGUAAACCACGUUUGCUAACCAAACCGUGCUGAAUCUGUCUGAGCUGCUUCCAUUAUUUUCGUCAGCAGGUCGUUUAGUUUGCAGGUCAGAGAUGUUUCCUCUGUCAGCCACAUCUGUAGGGAGGCUCUAUGUCGUCUGGGUCAAUUAGCUGCUGGAAAUGAUCAAAAAGUCCCUCCCAUUUUGGUGAUUCCUCCUUCAUGAGGUUGACUUCUUAGUCUUUUAUUGAAGCUGCAUUCUGUCUACCAGCCAGCAGGGGGCGACUCCUCUGUGAAGAGUUAUUUACCUCUGAGAACAUUUUGCUGAAGUUUUUGGUCCCAAUCCCUAGUUUGAAGUCUCUCUUAAUCCAGCAUGAUGCUCUUUUAGGGAAUGAUGAUCUAUUUAGAGACAAACAGAUGACAAAGUUUGGCAAAAAACUAAACUGAAGAUGGCCAAAACCUGCCAAACAAUAGAUUUGCUGAUUUAUCCUAUCUGAUAAUGGAGCGACCCUGAAUUUGAAUCUCUUUCAAACCCUUCCAUCCACCCCGACCUCCUCACUACACUGCCACCAUGGCUCUACAUCUUCUUCUUUCCAUCCCGUUAAUAUCCUCUACAGCCACUAGAGGGCAAUGAAAUAAAGCUGCAGGUUGUAAAAUGGUGAAAAUCAGAUCCAGAAACAGAGUCGUUUACUGUCAGCCUCCCGUCAACCCAUCCAUCCCCCCCGACCUCCUCCCUAUGUCACCUGCACAUUAUUAUCACUGCAGCCACUAGAGGGCGAUGCCACAAUGAUUUACAGCUACAGGUCGUGAAUGUUGAAAAUCAGAUCCAAUAAUGCAAUCGUUUGUUAGCAGUCAACAGAGUCGUUUCCUGUCAGCCUCCCUCCAACCCAUCCAUCCACCCCGACCUCCUCCCUAUCGCGACUUCAUGGCUCCGUCACUACAUCACCUGACCGUCCAUCCCGUCAUAAUUACUACAACCACAUGAGGGCGCUGCAACCCUGAGACGUAGCUGAGGCUUGUAAUAGCAUGCUAAUGUUAGCGUUGAGCUAAAACCACCAUUAAUUUCUGUCUCGAUCAAUAAAUACAAAUAAAACAAAUCAGGAAAACAUUGGCAGGUGCUACAUUUCAGAGACCCUCAGAUUACACAGCAAUCUAACAGUUGGCUAACAUUAGCAUUCGCCAUUUAAGAGCAUCUUUUACAAACUACAGCUGCACCAAAAGGCAGCGUCGACUAUAAUGGGAUGUUAGCAAGCUAUUCUAUCAGCUAGCUCUAAGAUUAACACUAGAAAUGCAACGCUUCCUCACCAUGCACCAAAACUAGCUCAUUUUGUGAUUUUCAGCUAAUAGCGCUGACAUUUCACCUCAGAUAUCUCCUCUUCUUCUGCAGAUCGUAGCUAACACAGUAGGAGUGAGAGAGCUGCAGGUUUAACUCAGAUUAAACUUCACAGGAAAUGCUUUCACACGUUUUUGUUUUUUAAUUUUUAGUUUGCACCUUCUGAUUCAUGUGAAAUCGACCAAAGCAGAUGACUGUCGGCUCAGUUCAGGCCAAGAAGGCUGUAAGUCAACAGCUAAGGCCAGGAGACAGCUAGCUUAGCUUAGCUUAGCUUGAUGACCGGAAACAGGAGGAAACUGCUAGUCCGGCUCUUUGAGAAAGAAGUAGAACAAAACUUCAGAUUGUUUUCUUGGUUAAUAAGGCAGCAAGAAUGAAAGUGGAUUUUUAGCGUUUGGCAGUUUUAACUACUUUACGUGCAGUUUUAGUUCAACUUCUUCCCACAAAAUGUGAUGUUUAAGGACAACAGUUCAGUUGUUUUAGGUCUGGAGCUGCUAUAAUGUGCUCCUCAUUGUAAUUAU